UUCCGCCUCCUCUGCCGUCUACGGGCAGCGACGGGCGGCAGAAGAGGCCCGGCGCCGGCGGAAGGCGAAGCGCAACCCUGCCCUGCCAUGGAGAGUCGGGGGCUGCAAGAGCCCAAUAAUAAUUCAGAAUAUGAAGCAGAUGAACCUGGCAUACCACCAGCUGCUGAACCAUCUGAGGACCAGACACAUAUAGUUGAGUCCCCACCGUCACUGGAUGACUUACCUGGGGUUAAAACACCAGCAUCUGCAGACCAGCCAUCUGUAGUGGAAUUGCCAGUGUCUGCAGACCAGUUGGUUGUUGAGAAACCACCAGGUUCUGAUGACCAGUUACCUGUCGUUGAAUUUCUCACAUCCGGGGAAAACUCUGAUGAGAUCGGAUCACCUGUGGGUGAAGAGCCAGGUUUCAAAGUCAAGAUGUCCGUGUCUGACUCUGCACAGGCUGGCAGUAAAACGCCUGGGGCUCAGUCAUCAGCAGCUGUAAUCAAGCCAACAGAGACUACGUGUGAAAUAUCGGAGCAGCCAAUGGUGUACGAAGACCCCUUUGAAGUCUCCAUUAGGUACAUGGAGAAACACAAUAUUCUGCAGAUAUUUCAGCUAGUGUUGGAGCAGAAAGUGCAGCCACCGAUCUGUCCAAGGAUCAAUACUUCUUUCCUUCUGUCUGUCUGUCUCAGGACAUCACAGAAAAACUGGUGUACCACAAGCCUGAUGACCCCUUGCAGUUCAUAUUGCUGCAGGUGCAGUCUAUGAUAAAUGCCAGGCAGACAGAAAUGGAGGGAAUAUUGGAGGAGAACGAAGAUGCAGAGGUUUUUCUGGAAGAGAUCCUGUACCCUCCUUUUGACCCCUACUGACCUUGCUAUUGUGGUAUUGCAUGGGGCCUUCACAGCACCGUGCUUUUGUAGUCGUUGACAGUAACUUGGAACAUGUCUGCUUGUAUCUCUGUUUCCUGAUUUUUCUAUUCUGUAUGCUUGUGCUUCCCCUUGGGUUUAAAUCCUGUGACCAAAUAUUGGGUUUGAUGCACAAACUCAAAUCUUAAAGUGUGUGUGGACCUGCAUCCAUGUAUGGCGCACCUUGAAGAGGCAGGUCUGUUGAACUCCCACAUUUAGGCCACCCCUAAGACUUUGCUUUUCCAUGCAGAGAAACCUCACAGCCCAGACAAUGCAAGCACAAAACCAAGUAGAAUUAUAAAGCAGCCCUGGACAACCCACAGUCCUCUGUUUUUUCAUGCUCCGUUGGUGGCUUACUUUCUCCAGCUAUGCAGCCGCGCCUAUCCCCAUCUAAUACUUUGAGAAGCUGGGUUUGUGGCUUUCCCGCUGUCCCCAGAGCUCCUCUGAUGCAAGCUGUCUCUUUGCCUCUUCCACACACUGGGUGCGGCUGCCUCACCCUUAACCAUCCCUGCUAGGUUCUGAUCAUGCUGCUUUUUGGGGUUGCCCUGAUUGUAUUAUUGCAAGUACAGUGUAUAUUUUGAUAAGUAGAACAGUAAAGCAACAGUUGCACCCACCCUCUGUGGCUUCGGAAGACAUUGUCGCUCAGGAAUGUGGGAGGUGAAUAAAACUAAACAAACCAAAACCAAGCACCAGUAUCCCAGGAAAUUCAGUCAAGGUACACUUUGCAAACAUGCCAUUCGAACUGCUUUUGAUUCUCAAAACACUUACAAUCCUCAUUUUCAUACUACCCAAGUGUUUGUUUCCACCCUGUAAAGAAACUUUGUAUUUCUUUUUCUUGUCUCUUGCCUGAAGAUUAUUGAAAAUGUGCAACAGAGCAUGCUGUUAUUUUGGCUUCAUUUAAGUGUAUGUGCAGUAGAUGCCAGAAAGUUUUUUGUCACAACAGACUUUUCUCUUUUUUAGGCAAGUGCUCUAAUUUCAUGAUGGAUGGUAGUGUAUUCCCAAAUGACUGUCUC